AGGGAGGGAGGGAAGGAAGGAGGAUGAAGUUUCUUCCAGCUGUUUUUGUAAUAGACUAUACUGUAAGAGUUGUAGAGAGAGAGGGGGAUAGUGAGAGAGCAAGAAGAGGUAGGCGAAACGAAUCAUCUGACACUGAGUAUCAAGGAAACUACGAGGAGAAAAAAAGAAGGGAUGGGGAGACUUGGAUAACAACAGCAGAAAACAGCAAGAUCAAUUUGACCAACAGUGAAAUGAGUAUUAGGAUAGAACAGCCCUGCUAACAGCGGAGGAGUGAAUGGUAAGAAUGAUCUUUAUUUUCCUCUUGCUCAUCAAUCAUUGUGUGAUUUUUAUGCAAAUUCACAGUCUUUGUCUUACUUUUGCUGGAUCUGCCUUGGUGACUCAGUCUUUCAGAUCACACUGGUGUGUGUAACUUUAAGUGCCAGGGAAAAUUGGGUCAGUGAGUGAGGAGUGAGGAACAUGUGUUGUGGGAGAGGCAUUCGGAGAGAAAAGAGAGACGAAGAGAAAGGGAGAGAAAGUUUGAACGGCCCUAGAACUAACAAUUGGCCACUUGAGUAGUCACUGGUGAUUCAGAGAGAGACAUGUAAGUGAUGGUUUCUCCCAGGCAUGGUUUUUAUUUUGUCAUGUUUGAAUGAGGGCUUGAUCAUUGUAAUGAUUUGAAUAUGACUUGAAUGUAUUUUUAUUUGAAUAAUAGUCUAUAAUACUGUUCAGUGUCGUGAAACUGAGCCAAGACAAACUAGCCAAUUGAUACUCAAAAACCCCAGUCCCCUACCUACUUUACCUCUGCAUGCUGAGGAAGAGAUUGGUAGAGACAGACAUGUAAUAAAACAAAGUUGCUAUAGUGGGACUAUAUUUAAAACGGAACAACAAUCCUGUGACAUGUAUCAACAGUAGGCCGCCUGUACUUUUAUUUCAUUACAUAGAAGACCAGCUGAGGGAGGGAGAGGGUGGAUAAGCACAGCAGCAAGGGGGAGAACUGUUCUGAAACAAAACCUCGGUUAUUUUCUUCCUUCGGCGUUAGUCUUGUGAUGAGGUGCGGUUUCACACAGAGGAAAUUAUCACUCAGCCAACAAAGUGCCAAUGUGUUAGGGAGACAAAUAGGCCUGUACGUGUCUGAGUGCUUGUGUGUUGGUGCAUGGAUCUGUUUUUAUCUUAUACUGUUCAGAGUACCUCUUAUACUGACAUAACCUCAUAUAUUUUCCUUAGUUGGGUUAUAACAAAGCUGUGUUAAUUAUUUCAAACAAAGCUUUGACUUAGAACUACAGUAGGCAUAUUAUUUGUUUGCUAAACCCAAACUCUCUCCCCUCGCUCUUUGUUGUCAUGUUUUCCAUGAGCGUGAAAGGGACGUGUGAGAGGAGAAGAUGGCUCGGCUAAUUGUGAGGGAGGCCGUUAGUCAGAGCCAGGGAAAGAUGACCUUUCCCUCCCUGUUUAUUUUGGGACAGCAGCAGGAAGAAUGUCGAAGCGGGUGUUCUAUUCCUGCUGUUAGAUUCCAGUCUAUAAAUUCCAGUCUUGGAAUGACACUCCCCUUACUCACGAUGGGUUCAGAUCAGAGGAGGCUGAUGAGAGGCGCUAUAGAAGGAUGGGCUCAUUGUAAUGGCUGGAAUAGAAUUCAUGGAACGGAGUCAAACGUGGUUUUUAUAUGUUUGAUUUGUUUGAUACCAUUCCAUGUAAUGUGGCUCAUAUAGCUGCACUGCCACUUUCUCGUGCUUCGACCGCUCAACCCCCUCACAUGUCCUGGGCCGUGCGUUCCGAUGUCCCAACGGCCCCCAUCCCACUUCUGACAAAAAUGUAGAGAACUAUGGGGCAGGGAAGCGAACUCGGAUCGCUGGUAUGAAAGGCAAACACCCUACGCAUCGCGCCAAUAGGGUUAAAACACAUGGUGGGAAUUGUAACGUGGCACCUGUAGCGAGGAUCACUACAAUAUACAGUACUUCAUGUAACGAUGAAAUCUCUGUGAAAGUACUGAAGGUUGUUUAUGAUCUUUUCCUCUGUUCUUCAAAGACAUCCCCCAAAAUGUCGACGCUCCCUAGAGAACCCCAUGAGGACUCCAGGAUGCAGAGCUUCUGGAUGGUGAGGAGGAAGUUAGAGAUACGAAUAUAAACAUUACAAUUUUACAACAGUCUGUGACUACCAUUAACUGAUUUUCUAUGUGUUCUCAUAAUAGGAGAGUUGAUUCUAUAGCAAUACCUCUUUCUGCAGUUCCUCCUGAUCCUGAGCAACUCUUCCCUUCCCCAUCCCUCUCUCCCCCUCUUCCUCCCCAGCCAGGGAACUAUGAGCGAACUGUCCGACGCACUGACCAGUCCUUCCAUGCAUGUAAAGAUAUCAUGGCCUGUUUCAAUGAGAGGGCCAAAGUAGAGAAGCAUUACGCCCAGCAGCUCAGUGAGUGGAGCAGCAAGUGGAAGGCCAUAGCAGACGCCCGUAAGUGAAGGAGAACCGGGGACUUCAGUACUGGACUUCGAUACUAUGGCACUCAUUAUUAACUAUCAAAACAAUGAAAAAAUACUCUAUGACCAUUCUUCCUACCUGGUCUUUGUAUUAUCAAUCAGGCUGUUCUCAUAGACUAGAUGUAACAUAGUAAACGAAAAUCUGGGACACUCAAAUUAGUAUGAUACAGUAUGGUAUGUUUGGUAUGGAUACAUAAGACAGAAAUGUACAUAAGGCAAUAACACAAACGUCUAGCAACCCAAAGGUUGAGUGUUUGAAUUUCAUCACGGACAACUUUUGCAUUUUAGCUAAUUAGCAACUUUGCAACUACUUACUACUUUUUGGCUACUUUGCAACUACUUAGCAUGUUAGCUAACCCUUCCCCUAAUGCUAACCUUAACCUACGGUAACUCCUAACGUGAACAUCUAGCAACCCAAAGGUUGUGUUCGAAUCUCAUCAUGGAAAACUUUUGCAUUUUAACUAAUUUUUACUUUGCAUCUACUUAGUAUGUUAGCUAACCCUAACCCUAACCUUAACCCUUUAACCUAACUCCUAACCCUAACCUCUAGCCUACCUAACGUUAGCCACCUAGCUAACAUUACCGUUAGCGACCUAGCAACCUAACUAAUGUUAGUCACAACAAAUUGAAAUCCAUAACAUAUCAUACGUAUAGCAAAUUCAUUACAUAUUGUACGAAUUGCAAUUUGUAACAUAUCAUAUGAAUUGUAAUUCGUAACAUAUCAGAUGAAAUGGAUGAUGGACAUCCACAAAUGAAUGCAUACCAUACCAAACGUAACAUAUCAUACUAAAUUGGGUUUCCCUGGAUUUUCGUUUACUAUGUUAAGUUUACCCAUGAGUCCAGGUUGCAUCAAUCUAAUUAGUUAUUAUUCCCUAAUCAGUUAAAAGUCUUAUCUCCCUCUUUUUGUCUUUCUCUAUCACCCUAGGACCGCUCUAUGGCUCCCUCAUGAGGGCGUGGCAGUGUUUCUUCUCCUCCGCUGAGCGUCUAUCCAUCCUCCAUUCCUCUAUCUCCCAGUCCCUCGUUACAGAGGAGGGGGACAGAGUAAAGAGCUGGCAGAAGGAGACCUUCCCUAAGAAGAUAUUCUGUGGAUUCCGUGAGACCUACAAAAAUGAGACAGAGUUUGCACGCGCUCAGAAACCCUGGGCCAAGAGGCUGGGAAAGGUUACAAAACCUAUAUGUUAGGUGUACAUUAAAUCUUCAUGAACCGUCCAAAUGGGCUCGCAUUUGUGUGUGCUGGGGGGAUUGUACUAUAGAUAUUAAACUUCACAACCCUAUUGCUUGAUUACGAGGAAGUCAACUUUAUGCCUAAAUGUUUCUCUACAGUAGUUUAGUUUUUCUGUAAUCUAAUCUCCAAGGCUAUAGACAAACAUUAGUAGCAUGCAAGGCUUACCCAUUGCUGGUAAGAUUAGAAUCUAGGUGAUAAAUUCCUGAACACUCAAAAUAUAUUUUAUGUAGCCUACUGUAUGCGGCACACACUAUUAUAGUGAUUGAAUUACUCCUAAGGGAGGGGUUAUUUUAACCAAUGGCUAUGAGUAGCAGAACUGGGUUCAAAUACUAUUUUAAAUCAUUUCAAAUACUUUAGCUGUGCUUGAUUGAGAAUCCUUUUGCAUUGAAACCAAUUAAAAAGUCCCAAAUGUGCAAACCCCACCCACUACUUGGCACUCCAAGGCAGGCUAAAGCAAACACUAAAAGUAUUUGAAAGGAUUAAAGUAGUAUUUGAACCCAUGUCUGAUGAGUAGUGUCAUGUUCAUGGAAGCAGGACAUACAAUGUUUUAACUUUGUUUUGCAUAUUUUUACCCAUAUGUCGUAGCUGGAGAAAGCCCGCGGUGCAUACCAUAAGGCUUGCCGUAAGGAACAGAUUGCCAUAGACAGAGAGACGCAGGCCAAGGAGAACACAGAGCUGAGUCCUGAGAAACUGAAAAAGAUCCAAGACGCUCGGGAGAAGGCCAGGGAGGAGAAAGACAAAGUAAGAAAAACUCAAAGGCUACUAACUCACAACUGCUAAAUUUAUAUUCAUUCAUCUGAGAGUGUGGGAUGCUCAACUAGCCAGAUAUGGAAAUGUUGCACUUUCCUAAUCCCAUGCCCGCAUCUGGUAGACUGUUUAAUGGAAUGUUUCCCACAUACAGUUUCCUUUUAUGGCAGGGCCAAAACUGUGUUAUUGUAAUCACCACAGUAACCACCUUCCAUGUUAUUGUUAGGCACCAUCUUUGUUUAUCCAGUAGUAAAUUAUUUUAACUUACACUAUAUAUACAAAAGUAUGUAUAUAUAGAUCACCAUGUGCAAUGCGAAGCGUCGACUGGAGUGGUGUAAAGCUCCCCGCCAUUGGACUCUGGAGCAGUGGAAACGCGUUCUCUGGAGUGAUGAAUCACACUUCACCAUCUGGUAGUCCGACGGACAAAUCUGGGUUUGGCGGAUGCCAGGAGAACGCUACCUGCCCCAAUGCAUAGUGACAACUGUAAAGUUUGGUGGAGGAGGAAUAAUGGUCUGGGGCUGUUUUUCAUAGUUCGGUCUAGGCCCCUUAGUUCCAGUGAAAAUAAAUCUUAACGCUACAGCAUACAAUGACAUUCUAGACGAUUCUGUGUUUCCAACUUUGUGGCAACAGUUUGGGGAAGGCCCUUUCCUGUUUCAGCAUGACAAUGCCCCUGUCCACAAAGCGAUAUCCAUACAGAAAUGGUUUGUCGAGAUCGGUGUGGAAGAACUUGACUUGCCUGCACAAAGCCCUGACCUCAACCUCAUCGAACACCUUUGGGAUGAAUUGGAACGCCGACUGCGAGCCAGGCCUAAUUGCCCAACAUUUAGUGGAAAGCCUUCCCAGAAGAGUGGAGGCUGUUAUAGCAGCAAAGGGGGGACCAACUCCAUAUUAAUACCCAUUAUUUUGGGAUGAGAUGUUCGACGAGCAGGUAUCCACAUACUUUUGGUCAUGUAGUGUACAAUAUAUAGGGACAAUGGCUGAACCAGAAGCGCCCAUUCAUAUACAUAAAUUACACAUCCAACUGGGCACACCACAUCAUUUCAACUUGGAUAAUUGGAUAAUAUUGGGUUGAGAUAUUGAUCAAUGAGAUUACAACCUAUAUUCACCCACUCAAAAACACAGCCAAAAGGUUGUUGAAUUUCCAAAGUGUGAUCAGUAUGCUUUCAACCAUAGCACAAUCAAAUUCCAAUGGAAACACAAUGUCAGAUGUUUGGUUUAGUUGUUACCCAAAUGUCUAUCACUGUGCUUUCUACCAUUUAAAAGCACUGCAAAGUUAAAAUGGGAAUACAAUUUCAGAUAUUUAGUUUAUUUAUACAACUGUUUAAUGUGUUAUCACUGUGCUUCAUCUAAUAGAGGAACCAAAUGACCUGGAUUUCAGUUGAGAUUACAUUAAAAGUACAUGGUGCAUGUGAUCAAUGCCAUUUGAGAGUCUGCGUAGAUUAUCACAGCAAUUGUGAAGAUCUCCACAGACCGGCGAUGACCUAUGCAGGCUAUCUUGAACAUGCACGCUUUAUAUGAUUAAAUAAGAAGAAAUGUGUAGUUUCAGUAACCUCGAAAUGUGCCCAUGGAUGUGUUACUCAUUUUAAAGUAGAAUGUUUACUGUAUUACAAAGUAAAAUUGAGUUGUGCUUGGUUGACAACUCAACCAAAUAUCAACAUUUAAAGGAGCUGUAUUUACUGCUUGGAUAGUUCCAUCUGAGCCACUAGCUUAAUCCCAUUCUUUAACUUGUAUUUUUGGUUGAAUUGGAGAUGUGAAUCCAACAUAUCAUUUGUUAUCUUGUCGACAAGUUAAUAGGCUAUUUAUUGUAUUUCAAAAGUGAUAUUGAAGAGUGUUUGGUUGUCAACGCAACCAAAUAUCAACAUUUGAAGGAGAUGUAUCUUCCGCUUGGAUAGUUCCAUCUGUGCCACUGACUUAGUCUGGCUUUAUUCCAUUUUGACUACAAAUUAAUAAUUGAUAUGUUGGAUUGACGUGUCCAUUGCAACCAAAAAUCUAAGUUAAAGAAUAGUACAAAAUUAAAUCAAACUUGAAAUGCACUUUAAAUGAAGUUUGAUUUGAUUUAUUCCUAUUCUUUAACUUUUGGUUGAGAUGGAGACGUGAAUACAAAAUAUAAAUUAUUCAUUAAAUUAUGAAUUUGUAGACAAACUGGAAUUAAAGCUAGACUAAGUCAGUGGCACAGAUGUAACUAUACAAACAGAAAACAUAUAUCCUUCAAAUACUGAUAUGUGGUUGUGUUGACAUCCAAACACAAUUCAAUAUCACAAAAUAUCCUUACAUUUGAAAUCAACCAGCGCUUGAAACCCUAGACCUAUUGUAUUGUCUAUUUUUAGUUACAUUCUGGGGUGAAUUGAAAGAAUAGCUUUUGAUGACUUUGCAAAUGCUAUAUAGCCUUAAUAGCAGCAUUGAUGAUACAUGAGUGAUAAAGUAUGGUCACAUUUAAUUUGCUCUGUUAAACCUACCCUUUGGAAUGACUUCGAUAGCAACAGUGAAUAUAUUUAGUUUUUAAGUGGAGAUCGCUCAACAAUCAUUCUCAUGAUAGCACAUUGGAAAUAGUCAGUGACAAAUAUCAUAGCUAAGGGGGCUGGGCUUGGUUAAAACCUUGGAUGGCAGACCAAAGGGUAGCUGUAGAAGAUGCUGCCCAGCCUGUUAUUUUUUUCUGAUAGUGGAUAUAACGUUGAAGAUCUGACCUUGUUUUAAAGGUAAAAAUUCGACAUAUUUCAUACAAGGUUUUCUGCGUUGGAAAAUGAUUUCCAUGAUGAAAUGUCAUCCUCAAAACAAACAGCAGUUGAUAACUUUUUUCAAAUCCAAUGUAUUUUCCACAGUCUUUGGUGGCAAGCUUACACAGUCUUUGGUGGCAAGCUUACACAGUCUUUGGUGGCAAGCUUACACAGUCUUUGGUGGCAAGCUUACACAGUCUUUGGUGGCAAGCUUACACAGUCUUUGGGGGCAAGUUUACACAGUCUUUGGUGGCAAGCUCACACAGUCCUUGUUGGCAAGCUCACACAGUCUUUGUUAACAAGAUGUGUUUUGAUGGUAUGAUAUGACUGCUCUGAUGUUAUGACAGGUCCGCGAGAAAUAUGAGAAGGUGUUGGAGGAUGUAACGUCCUACGCUCCUCGCUACAUGGAGGAGAUGGAGGCCAUUUUUGACCAAUCGCAGGAGGAGGAGAGGAGGAGGAUCAGCUUCCUCAAACAGGCCUUCCUGUCCAUCCACAGACACCUGGACGUCACCAACAAUGAAAGGUACAGGAGCCUCCUCCUUCUGUCUCUCUCCUCACUCACGUGGGUGCGUGCGUGUGUGCGUGCGUGUGUUUCAAGUUUCAAGUUUUAUUGUCACAUGCACAAAUACAGUAAAAUGCCUUUCUUGCAAGCUCUUUCCCAACAACGCAGUAAUUGAUAUCAGUAGUACUAUUUAGAAAAGUUAAGUAAAAAAAAAAAAAAAAGAUAUAUAAAUAAUAAGAACACAAGUAACCUAUAUACAGCGUCAGUUCCAGGGUCAGUGCCAAAACCAUAUUUACAAUGUGCAGGGACACUGGAGUGGUAGGGGUAGAUAUGCAUAGGGGUAAGGUGACUAUACAUCAGGGUAUAUGAUAAACAGAGUAGCAGCAGCGUAUAUGAUGAUUGUAUGUGAGUGUGUGUGCGUGUGUAUAGAGUCGGUAUGAAUGUGUGUGCGUGUUGUGUGUGUGUGAGCAAAUGGUUUGUGUGUGUGUGUUGGAGUGGCAGUGUGAGUGUGUUUGUGAAAUGUCUGUGAUGAUUUAUCUGUACAGUAUAUUAAUAUCCUCUCCCAUUCUGUCUGUCUCUGUCUGUCAGUGUGAAGAUUGUGUACAGUGAGCUCCACCACACCCUCAUGUCUGUCAGUGAGACGGACGAUCUAAGGUGGUGGAAGAACAACCACGGCCCAGGCAUGCCCACUGACUGGCCAACGAUUGAGGUAUACAACUGUUACUCAUUGCAUUUACCUUUGACCUUUGCUAGUGUUGAUAGGCUUAUUACUACCAGCCAUAAAUAGAGAGAGCUCUGAUUACUACUGUAUACAUUACCAUGUGUUGUGUGGAAUCAAAUAAUAUGGAGAGAGUUUAAUGAGAAGGAAGCACUAACGCUUAUCUGUAUCAUCAGGAAUGGGUCCCACCUGUAAAGAUGCCGAAAAAUAAAAAAAGAGAGAAGAAAGGCAAGAAGGAUAAACCGUAAGCUGUGUGUGUGUGUGUGUGUGUGUGUGUGUGUGUGUGUGUGUGUGUGUGUGUGUGUGUGUGUGUGUGUGUGUGUGUGUGUGUGUGUGUGUGUGUGUGUGUGUGUGUGUGUGUGUGUGUAUUUGUAUCCAACAUAUUACCAUGUUCAUUACAACUGAUUACUGUAACACUUCAAUAAACGCUGAGUCUCAAAUACAUUUCAGUAAAUAAAUGCCUGUUUCAAAUAAAUUCUGGGUCUAAAUUAAUUGUUUACAAGGUUACCAUGAAUUACCAUGAAUUGUUUACAAGGUUUAAUGUUUGAUUUGUUACAUAACAUUAUUCAGUAAUGACUAGAAAAAAUGAUGGCAAGCAUCCCUUUUUAUCCUCAGUAAGAAACUGCUAGCCAUUGGCUGCUAACAGAACUUCUAGCCAGUGGUGUAAAGUACUUAAGUAAAAAUACUUUAAAGUACUACUUAAGUCGUUUUUUGGGGUAUCUGUACUUUAAUUUACUAUUUAUCUUUUUGACAACUUUUAAUUUUACUUCACUACAUUCCUAAAGAAAAUAAUGUACUCUUUACUCCAUACAUUUUCCUUGACACCCAAAAGUACUCGUUACAUUUUGAAUGCUUAGCAGGACAAGAAAAUGGUCCAAUUCACGCACUUAUCAAGAGAACAUACCUGGUCAUCCCUACUGCCCCUGAUCUGGCAGACUCACUAAACACAAAUGCUUCGUUUGUAAAUUAUGUCUGAGUGAUGGAGUGUGCCCCUGGCUCUUCGUAAAUAAAAAAACAAGAAUAGUGCCAUCUGUUUUUCUUAAUAUAAGGAUUUUGAAAUGAUUUAUACUUUUACUUUUACUUCUACUUUUGAUACUUAAGUAUGUUUUAGUCAUUACAUUUACUUUUGAUACUUAAGUAUAUUUAAAACCAAAUACUUUUAGACUUUUAUUCAAGUAGUAUUUUACUGGGUGACUUUCACUUUUACUUGAGUAAUUUUCUAUUAAGGUAUAUUUACUUUUACUCAAGUAUGACAAUUGGGUACUUUUUCCAACACUGCUGCUAGCUAACCGGCAAGCACAAAAACAGUCAACUUUGGGAGUACACACCUCCAGAAGUCGUCCGAUCGCCCUCUAGUGGCGAAAGUAAGAGCUGCAGAAAAUGCGCAGUCAAAGAGGAGAAUAAUUAUUCUGUCAAGGAUCUUUUUUUUUUCUUUUUUUUUUGGAGGCAUACUAAGAAAAAAUAAAUGUGACACAGUGUGUACAUGAUAACACAUUAGUGCAGGAAAUAAAGAAAUUGAUUAAAAUGCUGGAAGUGAAUGCCGGAAUUAAACAAUUAACUAUGCAAAUUACUUAUAUUAAACCUUAUGGCACAAUAUUCUUGUUUCUUACAUUUACGGAAAGCCAGGGGCACACUCCAACACUCAGACAUAAUUUACCAACAAAGCAUUUGUGUUUAGUAAGUCCGCCAGAUGAGAGGCAGUAGGGAUGACCAGGGAUGUUCUCUGGAUAAGUGCGUGAAUUUGACCAUUUUCCUGUCCUGCUAGGCAUUCAAAGUGUAACAGUGUCAGGGAAAAUGUAUGGAGUAAAAAUGACAUUAUUUUCUUUAGGAAUGUAGUGAAGUAAAAGUUUUCAAAAAUAUCAAUAGUAAAGUAAAGUACAGAUACCCCCCAAAAAUACUUAAGUAGUACUUUAAAGUAUUUUUACUUACAUACAUUACACCACUGGGAAAUAGACACCUGGCUCAAAUAGACGCCUUGGCUCUAAUAGCCUGUUGUGUUAAGUGACUUAAGCAAAUAAAUGCCUGGGCAAUUAAUUGAAGUUUUAUGGUAAUACAUUUUUAGAUAAACUCCCUUAUUCAUUCUAUCGUUCCUCUAUCCUCUAGUGUGAUGAUUGGAGGAGUGAAGGUGCGAGCUCUGUAUAAUUACGUGGGAGAGGAAAGUGAUGAGCUGUCCUUUAAAGCAGGUGACGUGACCAUUUAAAAAAAAAAGAAAUGAUGUCUAAAGCAUUGAGAGACUACAGUUCCUUUUGCCAGUCCAAUGUCUGAAGUGUAUCAUCCAGAAUCAUGUCUGUUUCCAUACCUGUAUGAUUCAAGGUGAGGUGUUCCUGAAGGUUGAGGAGGAGGACGACCAGGGGUGGUGCAGGGGGAUGCUGGACGGAGGGAUGGACGGCUUCUACCCUGCCAAUUAUGUUGAAGUUGUUGUGCAGUGAUGUCAUCCUGCCACUCUCAAAACUCUCAAGCGUUAUGUCAGCAACUUAUUUUAUGAAAUGUGCAUGCCUUCAUGGAAAAAUCCACUUUGGUGCAAAAUUACUUUGAAUUUUGAUUUGACUCUGAAAUUAGAAAAAAAUAAACAUUAACAUAAAAUGUUAACGCCCACAAUGUUAUAAUCAUCAUGCUGAAAUGUGUAAUGUUACCAUACCUGAAAGCUGUAAGAUUAUGCGUAUUAUAGAUGAUUGAAGGACAUAUAGAAUUCUUAGUAAAUAAAGUCCUACAACUGGCAUUGGGUUGUAUUAGAAAAAUAAAAGUCCUAACUCUUUACUAA